AUGUCGUCAAUAGUGGGAAGUGAGAAGCAUAACAGUGAAUCGGGAAGCAGUACAGUACUCUCAGAAUUUGAUGCCGAAUAUGCCUGCUCUGACCAUGCAAUGGUGCGCCAAGUGGUGCAAACCGCAGUGCGUAAUUAUUUCUCGGCAUCAUGCACCAGUCCAGCUCAUAUGACACUAUGUAUCGAUUUUACCGAAGGUGCGCCUAUACCCAGCAAUUCUACAGCUGUUGUUCAGUAUCAAGCCCCGUUGGUGCAAAUCAACGUGGAGCGGAAAUUUGACCCCAGAAGCACCAACGUUGCGUCUACAGCUAGGAAAGAUGGUGAAUCGCUGAUCUUAUCAACAUCAGAAAAAGUCAGUCGAGGAAAGGCGGGAACACGAACGGAAAGCCCAGUAUUCAAUGCUGCCAAAAAAUUAUCUGUAUUCACCAUCAAAGAGGAAGAGGAUGAGGAUCUAAAACCGGUGAAAGCAGUAAUUGAAGUGUUGAAGUCGAAAAUAUCACUGCAAAGAGUAGAUAAUCUCAAAUGUGCUGAGAAGAAAACAGCUAAAGAGAAAGUAUUCAAAUAUUUAUCUGUCACAUAUAAGAAGUUUAUGAGUCAGGAAAUGUUUAUGGAAUGGAAAAAGAAGUACGAAGAAGACAAACGCGCACUCUACUCAGAUCAACAAGGAGCGAUGAAAGAUAGUUUGAGCACUCCUGUGACAGUUUAUUCGGAUACAAGCGUAACACUCCGCGAGACUGGAACGAUAACAAAGGAUGAAAGAAUGAAUGUUUGGGGAGCAGCUGCUGGUAUCCUCGAUUUUGAGCCAAAAGAUAGCAGAGGAAAUUUAAUCAAGGCUGUUCAAAUACGUGGAUGUUUGCCUAACACAUUGUAG